ACUCCUUCACUCAGGGUCACUGCAUAUCCAAUGGAGGGUUAGUGAGUGUUGUUGACUUCACAUUGACGAUCCUUUUUUUUUCCUGUCUGUUUGCUUCCAAUUUCUCAUACCUUCAAUCUUCAAUCUUGGAAGAUUGGAGAACAGCAUUGAUUGAGUUUUACCACACGAUCGUAGAGCUUCUGAUAUUUUUCGAAGAGGAAAGGCAAAAGAGUUAGCAUUUAGGAUGGGAAAAACAAUUGAGUUGUAUGGAUUCCCUACAUCUGUGAAUGUGUCUGAUGUAAAGACAUUUGUAGAGCAGUAUACUGGUGAAGGAACUGUGUUCGCCAUUAAAUUAAGACAUGGAAAAGGUCGGGUUCCAAGAGCAUUUGCAAUUAUUCAAUUCACCACCGCAAAUUCUGCUACAUCUAUGAUGUCCAGAGCUAACAACAUUUUGAGAACAUUGCGGUAUGGGACCUCCUAUUUAAAAGCUCGGGAAAUGGAAAGAGAUAUUGUGCCAAGGCCAAGGGUGUUUUUGCAUAGUUUGGAUGAUGUGAAACUGUCUUUUGGCUGUCAGAUCUCAAAGGGAAGAUUCUCUGUUUUAUGGAAAAAGCAGGAUGUUAUUGUAAAUUUUGGGAGUGGAAUGAGAAAGAUGCAUUUCUUAUUUUCCCACAACAAUGUGCAAUACAAACUUGAGCUUUCAUAUGAGAACAUUUGGAAGAUUGAGCUGCAUCGGCCACGGAAUGAGACUACACGUUAUCUGUUGAUUCAGUUACUUGGUGCUCCCCGGGUUUUUGAGAACGAUGUACCUACAUCAACAAAUAUCUUUGAUGAUCCUUUGUUCAACUUCUUCAAAGAUGCCCCUGAUGAGCAAUGGAUCCGAGCAAUUGAUUUCACUCCAGAAAGUCGUAUUGGGCAGUCCUCCGCCAUAUGUCUGGAGCUUCCUAAUGGCCGACAACUUCCAAAUUUCAGGGAAAACUUUGCUUAUUAUGAGGAAAGUGAGAGGCAAUACACUUUACAGACAGGAGUUCCCUUUUCUCAAAAUUGGGGUCUUGUCCCCAUUGUUGCUCCUCCUCUAGGUGUUAAAAUAUCAUAUGACAUCUUGUUUAAAGUCAAUUCAUUGGUUCAACAUGCAUGUCUUGCAGGACCUGCACUUGAUGGUGACUUCUAUCGCUUGGUUGAUCCACGUAGAAUGCCCCGUGAAUUUAUUGAAUAUGCUUUAGAAAAGAUUUACUAUUCAAAGGAAUUUUGUUAUGAACCCACAAAGUGGCUGACUGAUCAGUACAAAACAUACCUUGAGUCAAAAAAUCAUCCUCGGUCACCUGCAAUAUCCUUGGAUACAGGGUUGGUAUACGUUCGCAGGGUUCAGAUCACGCCUUGCAAAGUAUACUUUUGUGGUCCAGAGAUGAAUGUCUCAAAUCGUGUUCUCCGUCAUUUCCGUGAACAUAUUGAUAACUUUCUACGUGUUUCAUUUGUUGAUGAAGAAUUGGAUAAACUGUUUUCAACUGAUUUAUCAUCACGUUCACAGAACAAGAAAACUGAGAUAUACACCAGAAUUCUUUCCAUCCUUAAGAAUGGCAUAGUUGUUGGUGAUAAGAAGUUUGAAUUUCUAGCAUUCUCAUCAAGUCAGUUGCGGGAAAACUCUCUCUGGAUGUUUGCUCCUACAGAAACUGGAUGUACUGCUGCUUACAUAAGGAAAUGGAUGGGAAAUUUUAGCCAGAUUAGGAAUGUUGCUAAAUAUGCUGCUAGGCUGGGGCAAUCUUUUGGUUCAUCUACUGAAACUCUAAGUGUCCAUAGGGAUGAAGUUGAAAUUAUUCCUGAUGUGAAGAAGCUUACAUAUGAUGGAAACGAAUAUGUCUUCUCUGAUGGAAUUGGGAAAAUAUCUCUUGAAUUUGCCCAGAAAGUGGCUAAAAAAUGUGGUUAUGAUUGCACUCCAUCUGCCUUUCAGAUUCGAUAUGGUGGGUACAAAGGAGUUGUGGCUGUUGACCCUAAAUCAUGCUACAAGUUAUCACUGAGGAAGAGCAUGCGGAAGUAUGAUUCAGAUAACACAAAGUUAGAUGUUUUGGCCCGUAGUAAGUUUCAGCCAUGUUAUCUGAAUCGGCAGUUAAUUUCUCUCUUAUCCACUCUUGGUAUCAAGGAUGAUGUUUUUGAGAAAAAACAAAGAGAAACUGUUAAUCAACUGAACACUAUACUAACAGAUUCAUUAAAGGCUCAGGAAGUUCUGGACUUAAUGUCUGCUGGAGAGAUCACUAAUGUUCUGAAGGAGAUGCUCAUUUGUGGAUACAAGCCUAAUGAAGAACCAUUCCUUUCAAUGAUGCUUCAAACAUUUAGGGCAUCAAAACUUUUGGAAUUGCGACUUAAAUCUAGGAUCUUUAUUCCAAAAGGAAGAGCAAUGAUGGGAUGUCUAGAUGAAACUAGAACCCUAGAAUAUGGUCAAGUAUUUGUUCAGUUCUCUAACAAUAGGCUGCAGAAUCUAUCUGAUGAUUUUUUUUCAUAUGAUUUGCCAAAGAAUUAUAUGGUUAAAGGUAAGGUAGUUGUAGCAAAAAACCCCUGCUUGCACCCAGGUGAUGUGCGUGUUUUACAAGCUGUGGAUGUGCCAGAUUUGUACCACAUGGUGGACUGUGUUGUUUUCCCUCAAAAAGGACCAAGACCUCAUCCAAAUGAGUGUUCGGGAAGUGAUCUGGAUGGAGAUAUCUACUUUGUUUGUUGGGACCAUGAAUUGAUUCCUUCUCGCCCAAUUGAUCCAAUGGACUAUACUGCUCCUGCAACUGUGGAAUUGGAUCAUGAUGUGAUGAUCGAGGAGGUUGAGGAGUAUUUUGCCAAUUACAUAGUCAAUGACAGUCUGGGAAUAAUUGCCAAUGCACACACUGUCUUUGCAGAUAAAGAACAUUUGAAAGCAAUGUCUGAUCAAUGUGUUAAGCUUGCAAGGUUGUUUUCAACAGCAGUUGACUUUCCUAAAACUGGUGUUCCAGCUGUUAUACCUCCUGAACUUCAUGUCAAAGAAUAUCCUGACUUCAUGGAGAAGCCUGACAAACCCACAUACAAAUCGCAUAACGUGAUAGGAAAGCUCUUUAGGGAAGUGAAAGAAAUAUCAACAAGUGCCGGCUCAAUUACAUCCUUCACAAAGUUGGUUGCGAGAGACUCUUACGACCAUGAAAUGGAAGUUGAUGGCUUCAUGGAUUAUGUUGAUGAUGCUUUCUAUCACAAAACCAAUUAUGACUACAAGUUGGGAAAUCUGAUGGACUACUAUGGGAUCAAAACUGAAGCUGAAAUCCUCGGUGGGAAUAUUAUGAAAAUGUCAAAAUCUUUCAACAAAAGGAGGGAUGCAGAAGCAAUCAAUAUGGCUGUGAGGUCCCUAAGGAAAGAGGCCAGGGCCUGGUUCAAUGAAAACAGCAGUGGUGAUGUAGAUUCAGGGAGUAGUGAUGUGUAUGCAAAAGCUUCUGCUUGGUACCAUGUUACUUAUCAUCCAAGUUACUGGGGUUGCUAUAAUGAAGGCAUGAAUAGGGAUCAUUAUCUAAGUUUCUCAUGGUGUGUUUACCCUCUUCUUGUCCAAAUCAAGAAAGAGAAACUCAGCAUUAGAAGGUCCUCUUUGGAAUACAGUUUCAGUGGGUUGCGUUUGAGUUGACAACUUUGGACUUUGCACUCCCUAUUUUCCAGUUGGAUUUCUGAGCCAGGCAGCUUGUUUAUAUUUUUAUAGUAACUAUGCAUGUAUGUUCUAUGGUAAUGUCGCUAUAUAACAUGUAUGAGUGAAUAUAUACAUAUUCUAUCAAGGAAUGAGGGUGUGCACUUCCAUUCCCUUGCUUUUUUUAAAAUUAUAUAUAAAUAUUUUGAAUGUGUAGAUUUUGUCUUUCUC